AUGUUGCACCGCACGCUCAUACGCUGCACCGCCCGCUCAUACGCUGCAUCGCACGCUCAUACGCUGCACCGCACGCUCAUACGCUGCACCGCCCGCUCAUACGCUGCACCGCCCGCUCAUACGCUGCACCGUCCGCUCAUACGCUGCACCGCCCGCUCAUACGCUGCACCGCCCGCUCAUACGCUGCACCGCCCGCUCAUACGCUGCACCGCACGCUCAUACGCUGCACCGCCCGCUCAUACGCUGCACCGCCCGCUCAUACGCUGCACCGCCCGCUCAUACGCUGCAUCGCACGCUCAUACGCUGCACCGCCCGCUCAUACGCUGCACCGCCCGCUCAUACGCUGCACCGCCCGCUCAUACGCUGCACCGCCCGCUCAUACGCUGCACCGCCCGCUCAUACGUUGCACCGCCCGCUCAUACGCUGCACCGCCCGCUCAUACGCUGCACCGCCCGCUCAUACGCUGCACCGCCCGCUCAUACGCUGCAUCGCACGCUCAUACGCUGCACCGCACGCUCAUAUGCUGCACCGCACGCUCAUACGCUGCACCGCACGCUCAUACGCUGCACCGACCGCUCGUACGCUGCACCGCCCGCUCAUACGCUGCACCGCCCGCUCAUACGCUGCACCGCACGCUCAUACGCUGCACCGCCCGCUCAUACGCUGCACCGCACGCUCAUACGCUGCACCGCACGCUCAUACGCUGCACCGCCCGCUCAUACGCUGCACCGCACGCUCAUAUGUUGCACCGCACGCUCAUACGCUGCACCGCCCGCUCAUACGCUGCAUCGCACGCUCAUACGCUGCACCGCACGCUCAUACGCUGCACCGCCCGCUCAUACGCUGCACCGCCCGCUCAUACGCUGCACCGUCCGCUCAUACGCUGCACCGCCCGCUCAUACGCUGCACCGCCCGCUCAUACGCUGCACCGCCCGCUCAUACGCUGCACCGCCCGCUCAUACGCUGCACCGCACCCUCAUACGCUGCACUGCCCGCUCAUACGCUGCACCGCCCGCUCAUACGCUGCACCGCCCGCUCAUACGCUGCACCGCACGCUCAUACGCUGCACCGCACGCUCAUAAAAUGCAUUGCACGCACAUACGCUGCACCGCACGCACAUACGCUGCACCGCACGAUCAUACGCUGCACCGCACGCUCAUACGCUGCACCGCCCGCUCAUACGCUGCACCGCCCGCUCAUACGCCGCACCGCCCGCUCAUACGCCGCACCGCACGCUCAUACGCCGCACCGCACGCACAUACGCUGCACCGCACGAUCAUACGCUGCACCGCACGCUCAUACGCUGCACCGCCCGCUCAUACGCUGCACCGCCCGCUCAUACGCCGCACCGCCCGCUCAUACGCCGCACCGCACGCUCAUACGCCGCACCGCACGCACAUUCGCUGCACCGCCCGCUCAUACGCUGCACCGCCCGCUCAUACGCUGCACCGCACGCUCAUACGCUGCACCGCCCGCUCAUACGCUGCACCGCACGCUCACACGCUGCACCGCCCGCUCAUACGCUGCACCGCACGCUCACACGCUGCACCGCCCGCUCACACGCUGCACCGCACGCUCAUACGCUGCACCGCACGCUCACACGCUGCACCGCACGCUGAUACGCUGCACCGCACGCUCAUACGCUGCACCGCCCGCUCACACACUGCACUGCACGCUCAUACGCUGCACCGCACGCUCAUACGCUGCACCGCCCGCUCAUACGCUGCACCGCACGCUCAUACGCUGCACCGCACGCUCAUACGCUGCACCGCACGCUCAUACGCUGCACCGCCCGCUCAUACGCUGCACCGCACGCUCACACGCUGCACCGCACGCUCAUACGCUGCACCGCCCGCUCAUACGCUGCACCGCCCGCUCAUACGCUGCACCGCCUGCUCAUACGCUGCACCGUACGCUCAUACGCUGCACCGCCCGCUCAUACGCUCCACCGCACGCUCAUACGCUGCACCGCCCGCUCAUACGCUGCACCGCCCGCUCAUACGCUGCACCGCCCGCUCAUACGCUGCACCGCACGCUCACACGCUGCACCGCCCGCUCACACGCUGCACCGCACGCUCACACGCUGCACCGCCCGCUCAUACGCUGCACCGCACGCUCACACGCUGCACCGCACGCUUACACGCUGCACCGCACGCUCAUACGCUGCACCGCCCGCUCAUACGCUGCACCGCACGCUCACACGCUGCACCGCCCGCUCACACGCUGCACCGCACGCUCAUACGCUGCACCGCACGCUCAUACGCUGCACCGCCCGCUCAUACGCUGCACCGCCCGCUCAUACGCUGCACCGCACGCUCAUACGCUGCACCGCACGCUCAUACUCUGCACCGCACGCUCAUACGCUGCACCGCCCGCUCAUACGCUGCACCGCACGCUCACACGCUGCACCGCACGCUCAUACGCUGCACCGCCCGCUCAUACGCUGCACCGCCCGCUCAUACGCUGCACCGCCCGCUCAUACGCUGCACCGUACGCUCAUACGCUGCACCGCCCGCUCAUACGCUCCACCGCACGCUCAUACGCUGCACCGCCCGCUCAUACGCUGCACCGCCCGCUCAUACGCUGCACCGCCCGCUCAUACGCUGCACCGCACGCUCACACGCUGCACCGCCCGCUCACACGCUGCACCGCACGCUCACACGCUGCACCGCCCGCUCAUACGCUGCACCGCACGCUCACACGCUGCACCGCACGCUUAUACGCUGCACCGCACGCUCAUACGCUGCACCGCCCGCUCAUACGCUGCACCGCACGCUCACACGCUGCACCGCCCGCUCACACGCUGCACCGCACGCUCAUACGCUGCACCGCACGCUCAUACGCUGCACCGCCCGCUCAUACGCUGCACCGCCCGCUGAUACGCUGCACCGCACGCUCAUACGCUGCACCGCCCGCUCACACGCUGCACUGCACGCUCCUACGCUGCACCGCACGCUCACACGCUGCACUGCCCGCUCACACGCUGCACCGCACGCUCAGACGCUGCACCGCACGCUCACACGCUGCACCACACGCUCACACGCUGCACCGCCCGCUCACACGCUGCACCGCACGCUCAUACGCUGCACCGCCCGCUCAUACGCUGCACCGCCCGCUGAUACGCUGCACCGCACGGUCAUACGCUGCACCGCCCGCUCACACGCUGCACCGCACGGUCAUACGCUGCACCGCACGCUCACACGCUGCACCGCCCGCUCAUACGCUGCACCGCACGCUCAUACGCUGCACCGCCCGCUCAUACGCUGCACCGCCCGCUCAUAUGCUGCACCGCACGCUCAUACGCUGCACCGCACGCUCAUACGCUGCACCGCACGCUCAUACGCUGCACCGCCCGCUCAUACGCUGCACCGCCCGCUCAUACGCUGCACCGCCCGCUCAUACGCUGCACCGCACGCUCAUACGCUGCACCGCAUGCUCAUACGCUGCACCGCACGCUCAUACGCUGCACCGCCCGCUCAUACGCUGCACCGCCCUCUCAUACGCUGCACCGCACGAGCUACAUCAGCCAUCCUUGAUUUCUUGCCCUGCCCACCCUCCCCCUCCCCCUCCCACCCGGGGCACGCGGAAUGCUGGUCGCAGCGUCAAAGGAAGCCGCAUCAACUGGCAGGGCUAAGGCGUCCCUCUCCACCCACCUGGAAGGGGUGGGUAGGCGGGAUGAAAUGGGUGUGGGGGGGGGGAAGAGGGGGAGAAGCAGGGGGGGGGUUGGUUGCUGCUGGUGAAGCAGGGGGGGUUUGGUUGCUCAGCCCGUUCCCCGUCCCGUCGUGUUGGCAUCACACGAGGCUGCAUUGA